AUGUUUUGGAAAUAUGAAUUAUCUGCUAGGCAACCCAACAUUGUUGAAAUUGAUGCAGAUUGCGAAAUCAUUGGAUCUCAUGCAUCCUAUUCUUUAUAUUUCACAACUUUAAGCUUUAGUGGAAUUUCUCAACUAAAAAAGAUUAACGAUUCUGCUUUUCAAAAUAAAAAUUUUAAAAAAUUCGAAUUUGAGAAAUGCCCUUUACUGGAAGAAAUAGGAGCCAAUGCUUUUGCUAAAUGCAAUAUCAAAAUAUUGGAUUUGAGCUUCUGUCGUAAUCUUAAAUUAAUCAAAGAAAAUUCUUUCGAUGAAUCUGAAAUCGAGAUAUUAUCACUUCCGAGUUCAAUUGUCGAGUUAGGUGAAGGUGCAUUUGGAUAUUGCUAUAAUUUAAGAGAAAUUAAUAUCCCAUCUGAUAUCAAUCUGAUAAAAAUUCCCAAUCUGUUAUUUGCAAAAACAAAAAUAUCAUCAUUUACAAUUACUGCCAAAGUUGCUGAUAUACAAAUGGGCGCCUUUAAUGGUUGUCCAUUACUGAAAGAUAUAUAUUUUGAUGAAACAAACCAAAAUAUUGUUAGAAGGAAUGAUUGCCUUUUCUCAUCUGAUUUAAAUAAAAUCAUUGCAAUUUAUCCAAAUGUAACUGAAGUUAUUUUGCCAUUAACAUUGGAAGAAAUAGGCAUUUAUUCUUUCUCAAAUUCAUAUUUAAAAUCAAUAGUUAUUCCAUCAACUGCUAAAAAAAUUCGAAAAUAUGCUUUCUAUACGGCAAAAAUUAAUGAAAUUGUUUUCCAAGAUGAUUCACAACUUGAAAUUAUUGAAGAGUUUGCAUUGGCAACUAUAUCGGAACUUAAAUUAAAUCUGUCUUUAUUAAAGAAAUUAUCAACUAUUGAAUCAUAUGCUUUAUUUUCAUGUAAUCCAAUUGUCUUUCCGGAAAAUGAUUUAUUUAAAGAGAUUUAUCCAGCAUUCGGUAAUAUAAUAUCGAGUGAAAUACCAUCUCAAGUAACACAUAUUCAUGAUGAUACAUUUAUUUAUUCUCGUUAUCUAUCCUAUAUUGGAUUUAAAGAAAACAGUCAACUUGCAUUUAUUGGCAAAAAUGCCUUUAGUGGAACAAAUUUAUAUAAAAUAGAUAUUCCCAAAAGUGUUAUAAUAAUUAAUGACCGCGCAUUUUAUGAAUGUAAAAGGCUAAAAUAUGUCUAUUUUCCUGAUGAUAGUAUUUUGAAAUUUAUUGGACAGGAAGCAUUUAUUUCAUGUAAUAUUGAAUCAUUUUAUAUCCCAAUGAGGGUUAUGAAUAUUAGCGUUAGUGCUUUUAGUUAUGAAUGUUAUAUUAAUAUACAAACUUCACCUUCAAAUAGUUUCUUUUUUUCAGACAGAAAUUGCUUAUAUACAGGUCAAAAUCAAUCUAUUUUUAGAUUUUUGAGCCAGAAUAAUGAUUUUUUCUCAGUCCCAUCUUUUAUUAAAGAAAUAGGAAAAGGAUCAUUUCGGGGUUCAAACAUUGAAAGAAUUUUUAUUUCGAAUAAUGUGACAAUUAUUCAUGACUAUGCUUUCUAUCAAUGCCCACUCAAAGUUAUUGAGUUUGAAAAAAAUAGUCAGCUUAAAGAAAUAAGAUCCUACGCAUUUGCUUUCUCAAAUAUCACUAAUUUCUAUGUUCCACAACACGUCACUAAAUUAGCAAGUAUGGCAUUUUUUGGAUCAAAACUUGAAAAUAUAACAUUUAGUCAAGAAUCAGAAAUAUUUGAAAUAUCAUCAAAUGCUUUUGAAAAUUGCAAAAUAUCCAAUAUAUUCAUCCCAUCAUCACUUAAAAUUAUAGGUGAUAAUGCAUUCAAAUCGUGUACUUCUUUAAAUAAUAUUACUUUUGCAGAUAAUAGUGUUUUGGAAAGUAUUGGAGAGCACGCUUUUGAAUCCUUGUCUAUUAUUCACAUUAAUAUCCCAUCAUCAGUCAGAUUUAUUGGUGCAUAUGCAUUUUAUAAAUGCAACAUAUUAACAGAAAUAUCACUUUCAGAAGACAGCCAAUUAGAAUCAAUUGCAGAUCAUUCAUUCGAAUCUCUUCCAAUUAUAUCAUUUUUAAUACCUUCACAUGUUAGAAGUAUUGGUGAAUAUGCCUUUAAUAAAUGCAAUUCACUAAGAAGUAUUACAUUAGCUGAAAAUGGAGUUUUGGUGAAUAUUGGUAGUCAUGCAUUCGAAGCCAUACCAAUUGUUUCUAUUUCCAUUCCAUCAUCAGUUAGGGUAAUUGGCCCUUAUGCCUUUUAUAAAUGCAAUAAAUUAACUGAUAUUCAAUUUUCAAAUGAGAGUAAUUUAGAAGAGCUCGGCGAUUAUUCUUUUGAAGCAUCAUCUCUUAGAUCUAUUGUUAUUCCUUCAUCUGUUACAGUUAUUGGAAAUAACGCAUUUUCAAAAUGUUCCUCAUUAACAUCAGUUAUUUUCAAUUCCAAUAGCCAUAUUUUGAAAUUACUCUCAAAUUCGUUUAUUUUAACUAAAAUUUCAAUAAUUUCCUUUCCAUCUUCUUUAGUUUUUAUUGGGGAUAAUGCUUUCAAAUCAGUCAAAUUAUCAAAAAUUGAAUUCGCAGGAAAUUCUAGCUUACAAUAUAUUGGAAGCUAUGCAUUUUACGAAACAUCUAUUAAUUCUCUUAAAAUUCCAUCUUCAGUAGAAUUUAUUGGUGAAUUAGCUUUUGGAAAUGUCAUUGCAGAUGAUAUAACGUUGUCUAAUACCUCCAAUUUAACUGAAAUUGGUUAUAAAGCUUUUUGUUCAAUCAAUGCCAGCUCUGUUAUACUAUCAAAUGUGAUAAAAAUUGGUGAAGAGGAAUUUUUCAAAGUAAUAAUAGGAUCCAUUUGUAUUCCAUCUACUGUAGAGAUCAUAGAAAAAAAUGCAUUCGGUUCAUCUACAAUUGAGACAAUCACUUUCCAAAAUAAUUCUCAAUUGCGAUCAAUUGCUUCAUCCGCAUUUUAUCAAGUUAUAAUGAAGUCUAUUUCAAUUCCAGCUUCAGUUGAAUUCAUUGGAGACAAUGCGUUUUCUUCAUCAAAAUUAGAAAAGGUAUUUUUCGAAAAGGAUUCCAAUUAA